GCGCAUGCGCGCCAGGGAACGGUGGCCUGGCGUUCUGUUCUGCCGUCUCUAUGACUCUGCCCCCGCCUCAGCACUGAGCCACUGCCAUGGCCCAGCUCAUCACCUUCACCCGCGCCCGGGACGAGACCGACUGCUGGAAAGAUGGACACCUCCGGAAGCGCCCUGCUGCCCCCGAGCAGCCCAACAGCUGGGCCGGCGACGAGGCCCGGCGCUUCUACGAGAGCCUCCUGGCUGGGGAGGAGGGGGCCAGUGCCCCCGAGCCCCCUGUGGCCCCCUCCGAGCCCCCUGUGGCCCCCUCCGAGCAGCCUCCCACCUCCUCCGAGCCAUCUGUGGCCUCCUCCAAGCUGCCUGUGGCCGCCUCCAAGCCACCUCUGACACCCUCCAAGCCGCCUCCAAGCUGCCGCAAGCCCCCGACGGCCCCGCCAGGCCCCACCGACACCCGCCGGGGCAAUGCGCUGCUGAAGGCGGCUCAGGACGGCGACCUGCGGACCUUGCGACGGCUGCUGGAGAAGGAAGGCUGCGACAUCAACUACCGGGAUGGCUUCUCUUGGACGGCACUGAUGUGUGCGGCUCGUGCGGGACGGGUGGCCACCGUGCGCUACCUCCUGCGCCGUGGGGCUGCCCAGGCGAGCAUCUGCGAGGCCGGGGGCCGCGAUGCCGCUGGCCUGGCCGAGGAUGCCGGCCACCAUGGGCUGGCGCGGCUGCUACGCGAGUGGCAGCCGGAGCCUCGCGAGGUGCCGCGGCCGGCCCCAGAAGAGCAGCGCUUCUGCAGCGUCUGCGGGACGCACUAUGCCGAGGAGAGCGCAGCACAGCACGAGCGCUCCACUGCCCACCUCUUCAGCCGGGGCGAUGCGCCGCCGCCUGCCCGCUACCACAUCCCCGAGACCAACAUUGGCUUCCGGCUCCUCGUCAAGGGCGGCUGGGACAGCCGCGCCGGGCUGGGCCCCACCGGCGACGGGCGCCGCUUCCCUGUCCAGACCCUGCUCAAGCGGGACCACAAGGGCCUGGGCUGCCCCAGCGGCCUCCGGCCCCGCGUCACCCACUUCGAGGCCUGCGAUGCCACCGCCGUGGCCGAGCCACCCCAGCCGCGGGCCGAGCGGGCUGGGGCAGCAGGGAAGCGCCAGGCCCAGCGUCAGGAGGCUGCCGCCCGGGCCUGGGAGCGCGACCUCCGCGCCUACAUGGGCCGCUGAGCACCAGCCGUCCGGGCCUGCCCCAGCCCCGCGUGUGCUGGCAGCGAAACUGGGGCAAAACCUGGCCUUUGCGUGCUGGGCAAC